UAGAAUAUAAGAUACAUUUAUAUUACGGAGAAAGAGAGUGAGAGAGGGAACUGGUGUGAGGCGCCAUCUACAUUCAUGUUAUAAUUUUGUAUCAAGUGCGAGCUCGGCGAUUAGCUCUCUUCAAGAGUAGGAAAGUCAGUCACAGAGAGGUGAGAGGAGAGUGAGCAUGUCGGUAUGGUGUGUUCUACUAAUAAAGAAAAUUUAAGAAGCAGUUGUACUUGUUUGUUAUCUCAAGCUCACUUCAAUAACAUAAUUUAACAUGGUAGCAGAGCGUGGUUAUGGUUUUGUUUAUUUUUUGAUACACUAGAAGUUGAGGAAUAGAGAGUGAUCAAAAAGGUUAGUUACUGGCACAACAACAAAAGAAAAAAAGAAAAAAGGAAAAAAUGGCUGUGUCAGAGAACAAAGGAUUCACGCUACAAGUAUUCGACGGUACGCACUACGAUAAGUGGAAGUACAAAUUAAAGAUUCUUGGAAUCAAGGCACGCAGCAGCAAGGAGGCGGCCAAGGAAGUGGCAGAGGAAGUCGCACGCCACAGCGAGGAGGUGACAAUAGUACAAGCAACAGAAGAGGCCAUUCGCUGCAACGAGGCGGUUGGCGAGGAAGCAGCCAUCAUCGUGGAGGUGGAAGGUAUAAUCGGCGCGGCGGCAGCGGCUACGAACAAUGGCACGGCAGAGGCGCAAGAGACAACAACGGCAGCCAAGAUCAAAAGAGCGCGAGCGAUGGCGCGGCAUUCAGCGCGUCAGCACAGAUUAAUUCUGCGUAUAAUGCGAACAAGAAUGUAAAGAAAAUUGAUUGGAUUUUAGAUAGUGGAUGUACGGACCACGUAAUAAAUGAUGAAAACUAUUUUUAUGAUUCAGUAAUAAUAAAUGAACCGAUUAAAGUGAAAGUAGGUGAUGGUAGAAGUCUAAAUGCAACCAAAGUAGGAUGUAUAAACAGUAAAUUUAAAGUUUUUGACAAAGAAAUUAAUGUAGAAAUGAAAAAUGUUUACUUAGUUAAAGAAAUGAAUAAAAAUUUGAUUAGUGUUGCCAGAGUGACAGAUAAAAAUAAAGUAGUAGCAAUUGGAAAUAAUGCCAAAGUUUUUGAUAAAAAUAAUAAAUUGAUUGCA